AUGACGCUCUCCACGUACAAAGGACUCAUUGCCACUAUCGGCAAUACCCCCCUGGUAGAGCUGCAAAACCUCAGCCCAAAUCCCGAGGUUCACAUCUACGCCAAGCUUGAGGGGCAAAAUCCCACGGGCAGCGUCAAGGAUCGCAUCGGACUCAAGAUGAUCGAACGGGCGGAAGCCGACGGUGAGAUCUCAGCCAGCCGUACCAUCCUGGAGCCCACGUCGGGCAACACCGGCAUUUCCCUCGCGAUGAUCGGUCGCCUCAAGGGAUACAAGGUCAAGGUGGUGAUGCCGGAAAACGUCUCCGUGGAACGCACCCAAUUGCUGGAAGCCUACGGCGCGGAGAUCGUCUACUCCGACGGUACGUUGGGAACGAACGGCAGCGUCGUCAUGGCCCAGGAAAUGGUGGGGCAAAACCCCCACGACUACCUGAUGCUCUACCAAUACGGCAACGACGGCAACCCGGACGCGCACUACGAGGGCACCGGCCAGGAGAUCAUCGAGGCGCUACCUGAAGUGGACGUGUUCGUCGCCGGCCUUGGAACCGGUGGCACGCUGAUGGGCAAUGCCCGCCGGCUGAAGGAGCACCGCGCCGACAUCAAGAUCAUCGCCGUCGCCCCGGAAACGGACGACUUCAUCUCCGGCCUGCGCCGCCUUGAAGACGGCUUCAUUCCGCCCAUUCUUGACAUCAACCUGCUGGAUAAUCGGCUGCUGGUCAACAGCUUCGACUCCUUCUACAUGACCAAGGAGUUGAUGAACAAGGAAGGAAUCUUCGCCGGCAUCUCCUCCGGGUCCGUCAUCGCCGGCGCUCUGAAACACGCCGAACGCAUGGAAAGCGGCAACGUCGUGUGCCUGCUGGCCGACGGCGGUUGGAAGUACCUCAGCAGCCAGCUGUGGACCCGGGAUUACGAAACCCUCGCCCAGGAGGCCCAGGGGAAAAUCUGGUGGUAG